ACUAAUCACCGGUUGCUUCCUCCGUAGCUAGCUCCCGUCCACCUGAUCUGCCUUGCCUGCCUACUCCACUGAUUAGUUAAAGCCAAUGAAUAGCAUUCCUCCGAGGGUACUAUAAGUGCUCGCGGUCGUCGUCGUCGUCGUCCCCAUCCCCUCUCUUCUCCAUCGCCUUCUUGCUAGCAGCAGGCAGCAGCGCUCUCUUCUUGCUCUUCGCUAUCUAGCUCCACCUUGCUCGUUGUCCUCUCCCUCUUGGACCGAUUCGGCCUUCGCCGGCGAUGAAUUGCGCCGGGGUCGCCGAUGGGUUGCCGGCAGGCGAGCCGGAUGCCGGCCUUGUCGGCCAGCCACGGAGGAGGUGCUGCCUGUAGCCUAGCUGAGCUAUAGUGCUCGAUCGAUCUGCUGCUUCUCGGGGGCGAGGAAGAGGAAUAGCCGAGGCUUGGCAGCCAGCUCUCGAGGACAGUACGCUGAUAUCAGCUCUGACAGCAUGGAUAUGCCCAAAAUUUUCAGCACAAGGCGGAGCCAGUUAAUUUCCGGUGACGCACACCAUGGAUCCCCAGGCAUUUGUGAGGCUCUCGGUCGGGCAGCUUGGCCUGAGGCUCCCCGGCGCAAGCGCCAGAAAGGCUUGCCACUGCGAGAUCCGGCUCCGAGGCUUCCCGGUUCAGAUAGCUCCGGUGCCUCUGGCAAAUUCUUCAGAGUUCAACAUUGAUCCGCACGCAAACGCGGCCGUGUUCUCCCUGGACGAGCCCGGUCUCAAGGCGCUGCCGACGUCGAGGUGGUUCCGAGCCCCGGAGCCGCCGUACCUCGAGAUCGUUGUGUACGUGAGCAGGCGCGACGGCGGCGGGCACUGCGUCGGGUUGAAGCGGCGGCUGGUCGGGGCGGUCAGGGUGGACGUCGGGCCGGAGUGGCGCGACGGGAAGCCUGUGCUGCUUCGCCAUGGCUGGACGGGCAUCGGCAGGGCGGCGGAGCUGCACGUGAGAGUGCGGGUGGAGGCUGACCCUCGGUACGUGUUCCGGUUCGAGGACGAGGUCGCGCUGAACCCGCAGGUGGUCCAGCUCCAUGGCGGCGCCAGCCAGCCCAUCUUUAGCUGCAAGUUCAUCCGCGACGUGAGGCGGGCGUCGCAGCCGGAUCAUUUGGGCGGGCAGUACUGGUCGAGCUCCGGAAGCGGCGUGGAGAAGGAGACGGACAUGGCGGGGAGGAGGAGGGAGAGGAAGGGCUGGAAGGUGGCGAUCCACGACCUGUCCGGCUCCGCCGUGGCCGCGGCGUUCAUGGCCACGCCGUUCGUGCCGGCGACGGGCUGCGACACGGUGGCGCGGUCCAACCCAGGCGCGUGGCUCAUCGUCCGCGCCGACACGACGGGGUCGUCGGAGAGCUGGCAGCCGUGGGGCCGGCUGGAGGCGUGGCGGGAGUGCGCUGCGCCGGCGGGCGGCAAGGACGCCGUGUGCCUUCGGCUGCAUCUCCUCCCGGAGCGGCGGGACGCGUGCGUCCUCGUGUCCGAGACGCCUCUGAGCUGCGAUAAGGGCGGGGAGUUCUCCAUCGACAUGGACAGACAGUCGGUCCUCCCGGAGGACGCGGUGGCGUCGGAGACGCCGUCGGCAUCGUCGUACUGCGCGGCGAGCAUGGGGGAGUCGUGCGCGGGCGGCGGGUUCGUGAUGAGCUGCAGCGUGCAGGGCGAGGCGGCGACGAGCAGCAGGCCGCCGCUGGUGCACCUCGCCGCGCGGCACGUCAUGUGCAUGGAAGACGCAGCCAUGUUCCUCGCGCUCGCGGCCGCCGUCGACCUCAGCGUCAAGGCGUGCCGGCCAUUCCGGAGCAAGACGGCGCCGGCCAAGAAGAAGACGGCUGCUGGCUCCUCUUCCCCCGAUCCCCUGGAGCUCGACACGUAGAGUAGCUAGAGCUAGCAGUCCUCAGUCAAGCAUCAGAUCAUCCAUGGUCACUCUGUAAAUCCACUUGUUGACCAAACUUGUUGAAAACUCUACCAGUUUUUUCUAACCUGUAGACACGAUGACGAUUCAA